CUCAGGGCCACGGGGCCCGGGCGCCGGUAGCCCAGGCUGAAGCUGCGGCCCCGAGGGCGGCUGACGCCCCUUCCCAGACGCCGAGCGCGCGCGGGCAAGACGGGCGCCUGGGGUCGCGGGCGCCGCCGCGUCCAGUGGGGCCGGCGGCAGCGGGGCAAGCGCCUCCGCGGACGGACGGACCGGCGGGCGGGCGGGCGGGCGGCCGCCGGGGCCUCAGCAGUUGUUCCCGACAUGCUCCUCUCGGGGAGGAUUUCAAACCCUGGGCCACAAGCUCGCCUCCCUCGCCCCGUCCGGCCCCAGCAACAGGCGGUGGCGCGCGUCUCAUUGGCCGGGCGGCGCGUCGGCGUGUGUUGAUUGGCCGCGGUGCCUCCCGGCCCCGCUUCGGCGCUCGUCGCCUCCUCCAUUUUGUCGGUAGAGGCGGAAGGAGGAGGUCGGGUCGGGAAGCUGAGGCGGUCAGCAGCUAGCUCAUCGGUGCCCGUGGGUUUCGUACGUCCCGCGCCUCGUCUCUCCCUGGAAGGGGAGGGGGGCUUAGACGCCGAGCAAGAGCCGCCGCCGCCGUUCCGAGCUUGAAGUCGCUAGGACUUCUCUCAUACUUGUGUGCUGAGGAGACUCAGAUGUUGGCCUCAGCUCCUAGGCUGAACUCAGCAGAUCGGCCCAUGAAAACUUCUGUAUUGAGACAAAGGAAAGGAUCCGGCAGAAAGCAACAUCUAUUAUCCUGGGCUUGGCAGCAAGGAAGGGGACAGGUAGUGGAAAUCCUGCAAUCCGAAAAGCAGACUGAAAGGUGACAAAGAAGCUGAAGAUGGGUGGUGGAGAGAGGUAUAACAUUCCAGCCCCUCAAUCGAGAAAUGUUAGUAAGAACCAGCAACAGCUUAAUAGACAGAAGACCAAGGAUCAGAAUUCCCAGAUGAAGAUUGUUCAUAAGAAAAAAGAAAGGGGACAUACUUACACCUCCUCAGCAGCUGCACGGCAGGCCAUGCAAAAUGGGGGGAAGAACAAAAAUUUUCCAAAUAAUCAAAACUGGAACUCUAGCUUAUCAAGUUCUAGCUUACUUUUUAAGUCUCAAACUAAUCAGAACUAUGCUGGAGCCAAAUUUAGUGAGCCACCAUCACCAAGUGUUCUCCCUAAGCCACCAAGCCACUGGGUUCCAGUUUCCUUUAAUCCUUCUGAUAAGGAAAUAAUGACAUUUCAACUUAAAACCUUACUUAAAGUACAGGUAUAAGAUAAAAUACUAUUUAAACUUAGUUAUAUUGGAGGGUAGUUGUCAAUUGUUUCAGACCAAAUUCACUAGGGAACUAAUCUAUUUGUGUAAAAUUGCUAAUUAAUGUAGAAAAUCUAAUUAGACUUCAUCUUAACUUGUUUUAUGUGUUGUGUGCACUGUGAUGUGAUGGUGGGAUCAGUGCAACUUAAAAUAACAAAAUUAUUCAUCAUAGUACUUGAUACUAAGUGUUCUCAACUGAGUAACUUAAGUGGUUUAAGUUUAGAUUUGGGGAAUGGUAAUCAACUUUUCCUAUCUGUUGGGUGAAAAUACUAAUUUAAGAUUAUCAUUCAUGGAUCACUAGAUUGACUUGUUGAAAGCUAGUGAAUCUGAUUUUAAGCAUCUAGUUAAGACAUACAGGGACUAAGAAGUAGUUGAGUAUUUGAAAGUUUAAAGUCCUAGAAACACCCAAACCAAUAAUAUGCCAACAAUCCUAUGCACUGCCAAAAAGAAAAUGUGACUUUUUCUUAGAGAAUGGUUGCAUUUUAGUAAACUGUAUGCUGGUGAAUGUAGAAAGGGCACUCGUGGCUGUCUAAUUUAGAAUGAGACCACAUAUGCCAAUGGCCAUUUCUUUCAUGCAGUGAGUGGAUAAGCGUCUGCCAACUAAUGCACCAAAACCAGUUUUUAUAGAAACAGUAUUUGGUGGUCACUGAGUAGCUUUCAGAAUACAUUUUUUGUAUUCUAGCACUGCAUAAGCUAUUCUGACAGUGAUCUGGUCUCAAAAGUUAUCCCUGCAAAGCUUACUUAAGUGGGGAGCUGUAUAAUGUGAAAGUUUUAAGUACCUAGGAAAGAGCCAUGUAAAUAUAUGUAAUAAACUUGUAGCAUAUGUAAAGUUUUGUUGGCAUUUAUCCUAUAAAAAUAGAAUAUUUUAGUAUGAAUUUGCUGAAUGUAAGACCAUGACUCUUGUUUUUUAUGCUAUGGCCUGAUUUUAAAGGUCCAAAAUAAUUUGUUUUUAAGGUUUGCCCUUGUGCUAAAGUGCUGGUGUAUGUAUAAUUGAUCUGGUGGUAAACUAUAUUUCAAAGUAAACCCUAGGUGUAGUAAGUUUUAUAUAACUGAAAAGGUUUUUAAAGCUGCUAAAACACUUCCUAUUUUUAAGAGAUGUGAAAUGCAGUAUGGGACUAUUUUAAUUUUUCCUCCCUCUAAGCCCAAAGAUUAACCAUUAAAAGGUCCCUCCAAUCUUAAAGAUUCAUUUUGGCUUUUAAUAAUUUUUGUAAUCUAUAACAUGAAUAUAGUUUAGUGUAUGAUGCCAGUAUAUAUAUUUUUUGUUACUAGUAAGUGCAACCCAGGGGACCACUUAAUGUAAAAGAUGCAAUUUCUUGCAUAACUUGAUAACAUACUUUACCUAAAUAUAAAUUAACCCAAUAGUGAAUUACAAAUGUGUGUGGGAGAGUCAAUUUAAAAUUUCUGAUUUUAGGUGCCCUAUUCUAACUUGGCAGCUUUUGACAUUUUAAAAGAGAAGGGUGAAGUUGUCUUUCUCCAAGUAAAUUCAGAUGAGGUAAUAUUGCCCAAAUCAAAUAAUGGUAUUCUAAAGACAAGUUUACAUAGUACUUAAUGUACAUAUGCAAAUUUCAAGCAUGAAAUUAAAAAAUAAAAAUUGCUUCUUCCCCCCC